AUGACUGCCAACGGCACGCACAAGCUCAACCCCCUCCCCAAGGGAGUCUACGUGCCCACCGUGGCCUUCUUCCAACCCAACGAAGACAUCGAUUUAGCCACCACCGAGAAACACGCCACCUACCUCGCCCGCAGCGGUGUCACCGGGCUAGUCACUCAGGGUAGCAACGGCGAAGCCGUCCACUUGGAUCGCGAAGAGCGUAAAGCCAUCACGGCCGCUACCCGUCGCGCCGUCGAUGCCGCCGGAUACCCACACAUGCCCGUCAUCGCAGGAUGCGGAGCCGCCUCCACCCGCGAGACCAUCCAACUCUGCCAAGACUCCGGUGCUGCAGGCGCCGACGCAGUCCUGGUCCUACCCCCGAGUUAUUACAAGGCCCUCGUCAGUGCCGAGGCCUUGCAUGCACACUUUAUCGCUAUUGCCGAUGCGUCCCCCGUGCCGGUGCUCAUUUAUAACUUCCCCGGUGCCUCGUCGGGACUCGAUCUUUCUUCGGACGAUAUCCUGGCGCUGGCCAAACACCCCAAUAUCAUCGGGUGCAAGUUGACCUGUGGUAAUACCGGUAAACUGGCCCGUGUCGCGGCGGGCUCGAAGCCCGAGUUCCUUACCUUUGGUGGUUCGGCGGAUUUCACUCUGCAGACGCUUAUUGCCGGUGGAGAUGGGAUUAUUGGGGGUACGGCGAAUUUGAUUCCCCGCUCAUGUUUGAAGCUCGUGGAGUUGUAUGGUAGUGGGAAGAUUGAGGAGGCGCAGAAGUUGCAGGCGAUCGUGGCGAGGGCAGACUGGGCGGCUAUUCAUGGAGGAUUUAUUGCGGUGAAGAGUGCGCUGCAGUCGUAUCGUGGUUACGGUGCUCUGCCGCGUCGGCCAUGUGUGGUGCCCACGGAGAUUGCUGCGGCGGGGAUUCACGAGGAGUUCCGUGAGGGUAUGGAGUUGGAGGGAUCUUUGGAGAAGUCAGCUUGA